GCUUAUUAAAGUGGGUGUCCUUUUGACAUUCUGCUAUAUUAAGACGAGGGGGAAGGUUAGGUAGAGCUUGUUUUAUCAAGAAGUAUCGAAAAGAAAGAAAAUAAAAUGGUGUUUUAUUCUUUCGUUCUUGUCAUGAAGCCUCGUCUUCGUAAGUUUACUUCGCAAGCGUUACGUGAAAUCGCGACCUCUAUUUACAAUAACGGCGGCCUAAUUCGUAAAUUUAGCAAUGAAGGAAUUAUGCGCCCGUAUUCUAAAUUUAGAGAUGUCGAUAACAGCCCGAUCACCUACGCGCGAUACGUGACGAUUCAGGUCGACAUGGGAGAGGAGGAAAUGCAAAAAGUGGAGCGGAUGAUGCGUGAGCACACCGACGUGAAUAUUCUGCUGCGCUUGAAUAAUUUAGAAAAGCCAAUUGGUGUGAAGAAUAACUCGAAAAACGCUGCGGAGUUCUUCCCGUUGGAUACCUUUUCGAGGAUGGAGGAGGAGAUCAACUGGCCUCCACAGGUUUCAGGUGAUGUUUAUGAGCAGUUGGAUAUGAAUUGGAAGGAGUUUUCCCGUACGCGGUGGUCGAACUUCCUGAGAAAUUAACCCCCUUUUUUAGCCAUUAUCAUUUUUCACCCCUUAAAAAGUCUCCCGUUAUGGGAGGCUAACGCGGGGGAUGAAUGCUAAAUCACCUAUUGCGAUUUUAUUUCCUUUUGGGGAGAGAAAAAGA